AUGGUAGAGUAUUCAGCGGAUGAUAUUGCAGCAGCCAAGAUUCUGCAGUACUUGGCGUACAUGUACACAAUGCAGGCGACAUUCUGGAUCUAUGAUUAUGCUUGUUCACUUCACGAAGAGUGGACAUUCCUGCUUCGGUCGCGCUGGAGCAAAGUGAAAGCCCUCUAUGUCAUUACCCGGUAUCUCCCCUUUUGUCUCGUCACCAUAUACCUAUAUGUGAAUUUCGCUCCAAACGAGAAUUCCAAUAAAUGUCGAACGGUGAUCAAUAUUUUCUCAUGUUUAAGUCAGAUAACAGUCAUUUGCUCUGAAUACUUUUUCGUGCUCAGAACCCGUGCGAUCUGGAACAACAACAAGAUAGUAUUCGUAGGCAUGCUGUCUGUCGCUUUUGCUAUGAUCAUAACAUCCGUCAGCAUUCGUUUUACCACUAUUUCCACCUCAUAUGUUACGACUAGCGCGAUCCCAGGCAUCCUAGGCUGCCACUGGAGCUCGAACAGCAUCCGAUACUUCCUUUCCUAUAUUCUCUUGUUUGUGUUUCAAUUGGGACUGGUCUCCCUAACCCUGAUACGUGCCAUACAGAGCUGGCGGUCGGCCAAGGGCCAUAUGUACGCUGUCCUGGUGAAGCAUAACAUAUUCUACUAUGCAUGUGGUCUCUUACUUUCGGCCAUUAACGCCCUCAUGCCAGUGCUAUUUUCCAGUUCCCCAUACUGUAACGUCCUUGAAGAUAUACAGGUCUUUAUCCUUGCGAUCCUCACCACGCGCAUGCACCUCCAUCUCUGGCAUAUCGACCGGGACAUGCACAACUCUGAAGCCCUCAUGUACAUUUCUAUGUCCGACAUGUCAACUGCAGACCAUACGGUGUGACGCCUUAUCGUGUUGCUUAUUCGUCGAUGUUGGUGGGGUGAGGCUUGGGCUACAAGAUGACUGGUCGGGGUGGCUUGGUGGGGUCUGGGAUGCGCUUAACAGAACGUGUCUGAAUACUGGUACACAUACGAUGUUACAAGGCUCUCAUUGAUAAUUAUUUAUCGGGUGCGGAGAAUUGUUGGAAGACGAGGUGACGGGUAGGGAGCUUGUUAUUCCUCAGGAAAACGAUCCUCAAGAUAAUCAACACCUCCCAGAGCGAGAAAGAGCCAAAUGCCCAAACAUGUUAAUCUUAAUGGAAAAGCCAGAUACAAAAAACACAAACGCACCGGAUACGCCACGAACCGC